AUGGCUUCGAAGUCUGUUCGAGUCCCCAAAGACUCUGUCAACAAAUUUCAGGGGAGGACCAUUGAGAUAGUGGUUGGAGAUGAGCAAAAGAUCUACAACGUCCACGAGGGAUUAGUCCGUGCCUCUUCCCCUUUCUUCGAAAAGGCUUUAGCAGGGGAAUGGAAGGAGUCCGCGCAACGCACUAUCCAACUACGUGAUGAUGAACCGGAGAUAGUGGCGCUGUACAUCCACUGGCUCUACUGCGGCAAACUGGCGGUGUGUUGUGGUGAGCCAGGCCGCAUCCCCAACUCGGAAUACCUGGAUCUGGUCAAGGCAUAUGUCCUAGGCGACAAGAUCCUGGACACUCUGUUCCAAGACGCCAUCGUCGAUGCGAUCGUUGAGAGCCGCCGUUCCACAGGUCAAGAUGAGACCAGCUCGUACCCUUUUGGGGAAGCGCUGGAGUAUGCAUACAACCGCCUCGCCGAAACAGCACCAAUCCUUGAGUUAUUUGUGGAUAUGUAUGUGAGUGAUGCUCAUAGUUCAUGGCUGCAUAAAAUAGCCGAUUCGACCACUGUCCCGCAGCCUUUUCUUCUUAGGCUUGCUUCCAAGCUGCUGGACCGAUGUGAUGCUUCUUGGGAUCCCCUCAAAGCCUGCAAUUAUCACACCCAUGGCAAGAACCCUACUAAGUUACCCUCGACAGACAGUUAG